AUGAAAAGAGUUGAAAAGAUAAUGGCACUCGUACAUCAUAGUAGUUUAAGGGAUCAAGCCGUUACUGAAAAUAACGAUGAUUCUCAGCCAUGUAAUAAUUCGAUGACCAACUAUGCAGCUAUUUCAACAGAAGAAAAUAAUAUAGAGACACAACUUGAAACAACAGCAACUGAAGUACUUAUUGAUAUUGAUAGAGCACAUUUAGCAUGUAUCACUGCUUCUGUCGACCACAUUGAAAGCUCAAAAGAAAACAUUGUCAAUCCACAAGUGGAGAAAUUAGAAGCAACAGGAAUAAUAUUUGUUGACAUGGGUACCCUUCCUGCUGAGGAAUCUUCUAGUAAUUGCCAAACUGACAUUUCAAAAGGAAACAUUGUGUAUUCACAACUUGAGGAAAAAAUAACAGAAGUGAUUGAUAUUGCUAGUCUGGACGUUUAUAUUUUACCUGAAGGCGAAUUAGUAACUAAUAAUUUAGUAGACCAGACAGAUGUAGCAGAAGAUGAAUUAGUAACUAACAAUUUAGUAGACCGGACAGAUGUAGCAGAAGAUGAAUUAGUAACUAAUAAUUUAGUAGACCACACAGAUGUAGCAGAAGAUGAAUUAGUAACUAAUAAUUUACUAGACCAGACAGAUGUAGCAGAAGAUGAAUUAGUAACUAAUAAUUUAGUAGACCAGACAGAUGUAGCAGAAGAUGAAUUAGUAACUAAUAAUUUACUAGACCAGACAGAUGUAGCAGACGAUGAAUUAGUAACUAAUAAUUUAGUAGACCGGACAGAUGUAGCAGAAGAUGAAUUAGUAACUAAUAAUUUAGUAGACCGGACAGAUGUAGCAGAAGAUGAAUUAAUAACUAAUAAUUUAGUAGACCAGACAGAUGUAGCAGAACCUCGUGAUACAAGUACAAAUAUUAAAAAACGAAAAAGAGGAGUGGGACCUUGGGUUCGAGUUGUUCGAAAAGAAAGAACAGAUAAAAAAAAUCGUGGAGACAGUUAUGUUACUGUAACGGGAAAGCAUGUAGCUCAAAGAAUAGUAAAAGAGACAUUGAAACCAUGUAGAUCGAAAUGUGCAGAUUUCUUUACCUUUGAUGUAAGGCAGACAAUAUUUCAAGAAUAUUGGUCACUUGGGACUCACGAUAGGCGGACACAGUACAUUAGUGGCUUAGUUACGUGCAAAAAUACUAUGACAACAAGAAAAAGAAAUGAAGACUCAGCCAAAUCCAGACAAGUCACAUAUACAUACCAUUUAGAGUACAAAGGUGAACGUCGUGUUGUAUGUAAAACGUGUUUUAUGGGUAUUACAGAUGCAGAUAAACGAGGAAGAAAAUCACCUGGAAACAAAAAAACCGAACAUAUGAGAGAGUUAAUUAUAAAUCAUAUUAACUCAUUCCCGCAAUACGAAAGUCACUAUACUCGCAGAGACAACAUUAACAAGUAUCUUCCCAAUCAUCUUAGUUUGAAAAAAAUGUAUGAACUUUAUCGCGAGGCAGUAACUGAGCCAGUUUCUAGGACCCUAUACGAGGAACAAUUUCACAAAAUGAAAUUAAAAUUUAAAGAAAGAAAAACUGAUACGUGUCACAAAUGUGAUGUAUACAAGAUGAAACUGGAAGUUUGUGAUAAUGAGGAACAAAAACAGAUGAUUGUGGAAGAGACCAAUUCACAUCAUGAGGCAGCAGACUUAGCGUAUAACACAAAGAAAGAGGACAAAGCAAGAGCUCAGAUUGAUCCAUCCAUUAAAUGCUACACCUUUGAUUUACAGCAGUGUCUUCCAACGCCAGAUCUAGAAACCUCUGUGGCAUUUUACAAAAGGUUGUAUUGGACAUAUAACUUGACCAUUCACGAUUGCGCUACAGGCAAGGCAUCUUGUUAUUUAUGGCACGAAACUUUAGCCAAGCGUGGCGCAAACGAAAUUGCAUCGUGUCUCUAUAAAGAAAUAAUGGAUUUACCAGAUUCAGUCAAAAAAAUUAUUCUAUACUCUGACACAUGUGGAGGACAGAACAAGAACUCACACGUAGCCGCUAUGUUUACCUAUCUAUUACAACAGAAAAAUACAAUAGAAGAAAUUCACCACAAAUUUCUAAUACCCGGCCACACCAGAAUGGAAUGUGAUGCAGAUCAUUCUUUAAUAGAAAAAAAGAAAAAAAAAGAGUGCUACUUUAAUAACCCAUCCUCACGACUGGUCUACAUUAAUUAG